UUCAGCAUUUCGUGCAUUAACAAAACCCUGAAGUUGCUACACAUACUUCCCUCUGUUUUGGCCGACCCGCCGGACCGACUCAGCUAAAUUCACCCUCCUCACCAUAUCUCAACUCCACCAUAAUCGCAAAUUUACUCAUACUAAACCUUCCAAUUUUUCAGAAAGAAAAAAAAGAUUACUCCUUUUUUUAAAAUAAAUUGUUCAAACAAAACCCUAAACCCUAAUUCUUCUUUCUUCUCUUACCUACAAAUUCUCAUACUUUUAUAUAUUCAUCACUUUCGAGACAAAUUUUUGAUCAAAGAUGCAGCACGAUGAGGUCAUUUGGCAAGUUAUUCGUCACAAUCACUGUAGUUUUAUGUCCAAAAUUGAAACGGGGAAAUUUUGCCGAAAUCCGUAUAAUGUGACGGGACUUUGCAAUCGGAGCUCUUGUCCUCUUGCUAACAGUCGAUAUGCCACCAUUAGAGACCAUGAAGGGGUAUUGUACUUGUACAUGAAGACUAUAGAGAGAGCUCAUAUGCCUAACAAGUUGUGGGAGAGGGUUAAGUUGCCCAGAAAUUAUUUGAAGGCGCUCGAAAUUAUCGAUAAGCAUUUGAUGUAUUGGCCUAAAUAUCUUGUGCACAAGAUGAAGCAGCGAUUGACUAAGAUGACUCAAAUGCGCAUACGUAUGAGGAAGCUCGCUUUAAAAACAAGGGAGAAGAUAAUGACUACUCCGAGGAAGGAGAUAAAGAGGGAUGCUAGAAGAUUAGAGAAGGCUGAGAAAGCAGCAUUAAUAGAUAAGAAAAUUGAGGAGGAAUUACUUGAACGUCUUGGUAGAGGUGUCUACGAUGAUAUAUACAACUAUAAUCAAGAGGCAUGGAAUAAAAUUUUGAAAGAACCUGAGACUGAACAGGAGCUUGAGGAGGACCCUGAGGUGGAGUAUGUGGAGGGCUAUGAAGAACUCGAAGAGGAAGAUGAUAUGGAGGAUUUUGGCAAUUUUCCCAUGAGUGACACUCUUGGUGAUGAUAGUGAAGAUGGCAUGGAUGAAGAUGAUGAAGAUGCGGGAGCAGCUGACAGAAAGAGGGGCCGAAGGGAAUCCAAGUUGGCUUCAAAGAAGUUGGAGAAAGAUGAGUCAAAGAAGAAAGCAAGGGUUCUUGUUGAGGUUGAACACGAAGAUGCCGGAGACAGACAGGCAGCGACACAUUGAAAGUGAUAUGUUCAAUUUUGUAAACUAGGUUAGGCUUAUCUUGACAAAUGAUUGUGUUUUAGUUUUGUUCAAUAGUGGCAAAAGACCUGUGAGGACAGUAAUCUUAAAGUGGCGUUUCUUACCCAUUUAGAAUCCGGUUCUGGUUUCACUCUUCUACAGUGGCAAAACUUUCUUUGAUUGUAUGUGAGUUGCUUAUUUUAGAUUAA